AUGGGAAACGACGACUUCCUCACCGACGAACAUGUCGCUGAUCUACUGGCAAAGGAAGCCAAGGACUGCUCCUUGAAAUACUCCACAAUGGGGAUGGAAGCCUACACCUCAUCGCCCUCCAGCUCCAGACCGGCCAACAAGGCCAAGCCCAACACACGAUUCUUGCGCAACAUCAUCAAAGGCACCGAACACCACAACAAGACGCUCACAGCAAAGGAGCUCGCAGAUUCGCAAGCGCGGUUAAAAGAGCUUGCUGAUACAGAAGAAGAGAAGCGCCGCAAGUACAAGCCUACUGCCACCGAGAUCCGCGGCCGCCAACUUGGGAACAUUGCAGCCCUGCUACAAGGGCAACCCGCCCAGAAGAGGAAACGUGCCGCCCCGACCGAGGAAGACAUCACAGAUUUACAAAAAGCUCGGGCUGCGGAGGAUGCGCGGCGCCUCGCUGACACCGCGGCGGCUCGAAAACGGAACCGUGGCAAGGAUGGUAGGCGAAGGAGGUCAUUGGAGAGGUAUGACGCGCGCAAGGGCCAGGACGGUAAUGGAAAGGAUCGGGCCAGGCGAGCAAAUACGUCUUCUGGAGAUGAGGAUCGGGGUGUAGACGAUCGGAAGCGGAGGCAUCGUUCUCGGUCUCCUCAGAGCAGCUCAAGAAAGCAUCGCUAUCGAUCACCUUUAAGGAGCAAAGAGAGAGAAAGAAGUGCACGGAGGACGUCCAAUCGACGAGAUGACUCUACGGACCCAGCAGAUAAAUCGUCACGGCGUGCGGACAACGAGGAGGAGGACGCAGACUCAGAUCCACUCGAAGACUUGAUCGGUCCAGCACCUCCCCCGAAGAUGCCUCGAGGUCGCGGUGCGCUCCGCGGGGUCGCAGGCAUGGAUAGCAGAUUCUCCUCCGACUAUGACCCCAAGUCUGACGUACAGAUGGAAACCGAGGACGGCCGCGACGACUGGGAUGACGCCCUGGAAGCUUUGAGGGAUAGGGCCCGUUAUAGGCAGCAGGGUGCGGAUAGGUUGCGCGAAGCCGGCUUUAACGAGGAUCAGAUCAAGAAGUGGGAGAAGGGCGAUGAGAAGAGCAUUGACGAUGUGCAAUGGACAAAAGCGGGCGAGAAGCGGGAGUGGGAUCGCGGCAAAGACGACGACCAGACGAUCGACGAUUGA